UUUUCAGAUGUCUUUCCAAGUGAGCGUAGCCGUUAACGAUGGACCAUUCCAAAAGAAAAGUGUUACACCAAACACAACUAUUGGUGAUCUGAAUAACGACGCAAUACUGAUUUGGAAAGAUACUGCAAUUGUCUACGAUAUUUCGGAUGAAUCGAAGAAUUUUGGUCCAACAGUGACAUUAGAGCAACUUGGCGUCACUCAAAUUUCAAUGGUUUACAUAUAUACCACUGCGUUCCCAUGUCCGUCUGGAGAUCUCCGAUCGAUCGUUCCAGCACAAGUCCGGCUCAUCUCGCAAUUCGCUUCAGCUGCGUCGAGUAUUUUUAAUGGACAAUCGUCUUCCUCAGCACAGUCUGCUCAGAGAACACGGAGAGUUGAACAAGAUGAUGAAGGUGAAAAAUCGAUGUUCUCUCGGAAACUUUUGGAUUCUCCUGCGACGUUCAAAGCGCUCUCAGAAAAUAUGUUCUUCCGUUUGAAAAACGAGCCACACAAAUUGGGCUACGGUUUGCCGGAACUUGUUGAACGCUUUUUGGCGAAAAAAGAUAUGACUUACAAGGAAUUCGAGCAAAUGUUCCGUUCCUACGUCGAAGAAGAAGUUCACAAGGAAGAAAUUAUCAAAAACAAUCCAAAUUCAGCAGAAGCAAAAAUGUUUUUGGAAGCGAAAAGAAAUAAAGAACUGAUUGAUGAACAAUAUUUACACUCAAUGACCCACCACCCAGAAGAUAUGAUUGCCGUCACAAUGCUCUACAUCAAUUUGACUAUAAAUGGUGUUCCAGUCAAAGCUUUCAUUGAUUCUGGAGCUCAAAAAUCGAUCAUGUCAAUGGCAUGUGCUGAACGUUGUGGUCUUAAUGGAUUAAUCGAUAGACGGUUCCAGUCAAUGGCCCGAGGAGUUGGUGGAACAGAGAAAAUCGAGGGAAAGAUUCAUUUAUGCGAUGUGAAAGUUGAAGAUGCUCACUUUUCAUGCCCAUUCGAGGUAAUGGCUCGUCGUGAGAUGGAUCUUCUCAUCGGGCUUAAUGUGCUCCGUAAGCAUGGGUGUUGUAUUAAUCUGAAAACUUCACGAUUGGAGUUUGGCAACGGAACAACAACUCCAUUCCUUCAAUCCAAUGAAAUUGAUUCUCAUCUGAAAGAGAUUAUGGCACUUCCUGAAGAAGAAAUGCAAUUCGAAGAUGGAUCCACAUAGUUCCGCCCCUACAAUUUAUCCUUCAAAUCUCCUUGUCUUUUCAUCAAAAACAUUUCAAUGCCACUUUACUUGUAUUUUCUUCACUGCAAAUAUUAUACGGAAUUCUUUUUUUUCUGCAAAUACACUCUUUCUGUGCGUAUCACUUCUUUUUUCUCCAUGGAAACUACCACGAGUUGUUCCCAUGGGAAAUUCCCAGUAAAUAUCUCAAAUAUAUAUUUUUUUUUCA